AUGGGAUUAGGUUUUGAAAGAUGCCCUGAAACCUCAUCGUGUCUAUUGAAGGGCUUCACUGAAAAUGAUGAUGGAUUGUAUGGACAUUACCAUCAGCAUUUCUCAUCAUUUCAUUCGUAUUCGUUAUACGGGAUGGAAAGUUUUCUCCUCAAUUUGUUUAGAAAUAUUUGUUUGAGUGUUCCUGAGACUUUUCGACCCUUCCAAACUCUACAUAUACACUCAUCAAAAAGGCUUACAUUCAACGACAGCAACAGAGAUAAAUUUAUGGUUAUUUUGGUUAAGCAAGUCUCAGCAUAUAAAGCGGAAGCUUUACGUUUGUUAACAAAAAAAGGGAGCCUUAAGCUUAAGUCGUGUAAUCAGGCAAAAGAUGACAUUAGCGAUUUCAACAUGAAUGCUUUCAAUUUUGAGGAGAAAUUAGAAGGUGUAGAUAGUCUACUUCAAUCGCUUGUUCACAUUUUCGUCGUAGUCAUCCUGAAAUAG